AGGCCGGGCGGGGGGCGCGCGCGGCGCCGCCGGCGGCCGCGGAGGAGCGCGGGGAGGAGGGCGGAGGAGGAGCGCGGGGAGGAGGGCGAGGGGAGGGAGGAGGCGCCCGCCCGGCUCCCUGCAAAGCGGCCUUAUUUAUCUGGGCACAGCCAUAGCCUCCCCGGUGGGAGGCUCGGGGCGGCUGAUCCUCUCCCACCGGGGAGCUCCUCUCGGGGCGCAGCGGAGGGGCCCGGCCAGGCCGGACGCGGGGCGCGGGGCGCGGCCGGGCCCUGCCGGCCAGGCCAGCACCUCGGUCGCCUCCCCGCUUCGCCGGUGCCCAUGCCGGGCUCCCCAUGACGGGAGGACGCCCGGUGGACAGCGUGGCAUGAGCCAGGAGCCCGGGCCGAGGUAAGCCCGAGCGAGGAAGAUGUCGAGCCCGGGCAUCGACGGCGACCCCAAGCCUCCAUGCUUGCCUCGCAAUGGCCUGGUGAAGUUGCCGGGCCAGCCCAACGGCCUGGGCGCAGCCAGCAUCACCAAGGGCACGCCAGCUGCCAAGAACCGCCCUUGCCAGCCACCCCCGCCCACCCUCCCACCACCCAGCCUGGCUGCCCCGCCGCCCCGGGCUGCCCUGGCCGGGGGCCUGUGCCCCCAGGCAGGGCUCCCCCUUGGUGGACCAGCCUUAGUCCCAGUGUCCGGGCCCCCAGCAGAGCGACCACCCCUGGCCACAGAUGAGAAGAUCCUCAAUGGCCUCUUCUGGUACUUCUCGGCCUGCGAGAAGUGUGUGCUGGCGCAGGUGUGCAAGGCCUGGAGGCGUGUGCUCUACCAGCCCAAGUUCUGGGCGGGCCUCACGCCUGUGUUGCACGCCAAGGAGCUCUACACAGUGCUGCCUGGAGGUGAGAAGGAGUUCGUGAACCUGCAGGGCUUCGCGGCACGUGGCUUUGAGGGUUUCUGCCUGGUCGGCGUCUCUGACUUGGACAUCUGUGAGUUCAUCGACAACUACGCGCUCUCCAAGAAGGGCGUCAAGGCCAUGAGCCUCAAGCGCUCCACCAUCACUGACGCCGGCCUGGAGGUGAUGCUGGAGCAGAUGCAGGGCGUGGUGCGCCUGGAGCUGUCAGGUUGCAACGACUUCACCGAGGCUGGGCUGUGGUCCAGCCUGAGUGCGCGGAUCACCUCGCUGAGCGUGAGCGACUGCAUCAACGUGGCCGACGACGCCAUCGCGGCCAUCUCGCAGCUGCUGCCCAACCUGGCCGAGCUGAGCUUGCAGGCCUACCACGUGACGGACACAGCCCUGGCCUACUUCACGGCGCGCCAGGGCCACAGCACGCACACGCUGCGCCUGCUCUCCUGCUGGGAGAUCACCAACCAUGGCGUGGUCAACGUGGUGCACAGCCUGCCCAACCUCACCGCGCUCAGCCUCUCUGGCUGCUCCAAGGUCACGGACGACGGCGUGGAGCUCGUGGCCGAGAACCUGCGGAAGCUCCGCAGCCUCGACCUCUCCUGGUGCCCGCGCAUCACUGACAUGGCGCUCGAGUAUGUAGCCUGUGACCUGCAUCGCCUGGAGGAGCUUGUGCUGGACAGGUGUGUACGCAUCACGGACACUGGCCUCAGCUAUUUGUCCACCAUGUCGUCCCUCCGCAGCCUCUACCUGCGAUGGUGCUGCCAGGUGCAGGACUUCGGGCUGAAGCACCUCCUGGCCAUGAGGAGUCUGCGUCUCUUGUCUCUGGCAGGCUGCCCGCUGCUGACCGCCACGGGGCUGUCCGGCCUGGUGCAGCUGCAGGACCUGGAGGAGCUGGAGCUGACCAACUGCCCCGGAGCCACCCCCGAGCUCUUCAAGUACUUCUCGCAGCACCUGCCCCGCUGCCUCGUCGUCGAGUAGUCGGGGCCUCCCCGCCCUCGGCCCCUCGCUCUCCUCCCCGCCCCGCCCCGAGCAGGGAGGGCGGCGGGCGGGCCAGCCCCGCGCACGCACGCACGCACGCUCGGGGAAUUUGUGCAUGCCCCUCGUGCCCGCAACUGCACGCCCGCCCUUCGCCACGCCACAGUCGCCUCCAUCGUUCGCCCGCCCGCCGGAGGGGGAGCGCUGGGGCUCGGUCCUGGGGGCGCUUUGAGUUCGCCAGACGGCCGCCCCUACCGCCUUCUCCGCCACACCCCGCUCUGUCUCCCCACCCCGGGCAGGGCCCAGGGGGAUUGAGGGGAGCUGGGUCCCCUAGGACACAGGGGCCCGGAAGAGCACCCAGGGCUUUCCGCAUCUUCCACUGCACCGCGCCUGGAGCCCUCCGAGGGGUGCGAGGGGAAACAGGCCGCCGCCAAAGCCAUGGCCCGCCCAGGAGCCCAAGUCCCACCCGCCCUUCCCCCACUCAUGCCAGCCUGACCCCCAGCGACCUCCCCUCUUCCUUGCCGCUGUGUGAGACAGGCCCGGCUCGCCCCACCCCCACCCCCACCCCCAGGCCUAAGGUCCUUGGACCCUGGCUAGGCUAGGGCAGAACUGGAUUAGGAGAGGGGCCACCAGGCUGACAGUGACCUUGGCAUAAUCAACAUUAGCCCAGCUGGCCCCAGUCCACCUUAAACCAGGGGUGGCAUCGCUACCUUGAGAGGCCUGCAGCUGGAGCGACCAUUAGGGCCUGCAGGCCUUGGGAGCAGUCCUGAGUGGACCCUGCCCCGCAACCCUUGUAGCCAGCUGGGCCCAGGCCCCUCAGUGGAACACUUCAUGCUGGGCAGGUCUCCACCAGGUGGAAGCUGGAAAGGGGGGCCCUAGCCAGUGACCGAUCUUCCAGUGACCAGCUCCCCCUCAACACCCAGAGGGAGAGCUCCUUUGUAGCCACAGCCUCCCUUUCCCCAGCUUCCCAGACUUCCACCUGCCCACGUGGGCUCACCGUGUUCUGUCCAGUCCCAAGACAUCGGGAAGUCCUGGGGUGCUGGCCCAUCUUGGCGAUUGCUGAGGAGGGGGCUGGGACCCCUUUCCAUCCCAACCUUGAGCACCCACACCCUAUCUUGGGACACUCCCCCCCACCCCAAUCUGGUUGGAAGAGAGUAGCCAGUUUCCAGAGAGCCAGAGAGUGAAAGAGAGAGAGAGAAAGAGAAAGAGCGAGCGAGAGAUGCUGUUGAAGAGAGACAGUUCAACAGCCCAAAGAUUUCCCUGCCCUUGGAGCGCUGGUCAGAGGCUCCAGGGCGGAGAUGGUCAGGAGCCAGUUUCUUCAGCCUCUCCUCCCCACAGCUCCCAGUGGGGAGGGGCAGCUGUCCAUUUGUCCAAAGUAUUAAUGCAACUGAAGCUGUGAUAUUUCCAACGACUGUAGGAGGAAAAAUUAGGGGGACAGAGGAAAACAAAACCAACCAACCCCUAAAAUCAUUUUCUUAUUGUACAUAACGACCUCAUUCUCCUGUAUAUGCGGAAGAUAUAACCUUAUAUUUGGUAAGUGUUUCUUGUGCUAUUUUAUCACGUGACCUGUUUAUAAAAAUAUAUAUUAAAAAAGUUGUAAAAACA